AAGGCACACACAAGUAAUAAGCACUUCAUCCAAUGGCCAAGUUACCUGAGGAGGAGCAUCCUGUUAAGGCCUUCGGCUGGGCUACGAGAGACCAAUCUGGUCACCUCUCCCCUUUUAACUUCUCCAGAAGAGAAACUGGUGAAGAGGAUGUGAAGUUCAAGGUGUUAUAUUGUGGAAUAUGUCAUACAGACCUUCAUUUUAUCAAGAAUGAUUUUGGCCUCUCUAUCUAUCCAAUGGUUCCAGGGCAUGAAAUUGUGGGAGAAGUGACAGAGGUAGGCAGCAAGGUGACCAAGGUUAAGGUCGGAGAUAGGGUGGGUAUGGGAGGGAUAUAUGGCGCAUGUGGCUCCUGCGAGAACUGUGACAAUGACUAUGUAGCAUACUGUCCUAAAUUAAUAGAAACCUAUAAUGGAAUUGACCAUGAUGGAACAAGAACAUAUGGAGGAUACUCUGAUUUCAUGGUUGCCAAUGAAAAUUUUAUUGUUCGGGUUCCUGAUAACAUCCCUCUUGAUGCUGCUGCUCCAUUGCUCUGUGCUGGAAUCACAGUUUGGAGUCCACUGAAAUAUUUUGGCCUUGGGGAACCUGGCAAGCAUAUAGGCAUUGUCGGACUAGGAGGUCUUGGUCACGUUGCCGUUAGACUUGCCAAGGCUUUGGGAUCCAAGGUGACUGUGAUAAGCACAUCUCCCAGCAAGAAGAAUGAAGCUCUUGGGCAUCUUGGUGCUGACUCAUUUUUAGUUAGCCGUGACCAGGACGAAAUGAGGGCUGCCAUGGGAACAAUGGAUGGAAUCAUAGACACAGUCUCUGCUGCACAUCCCAUUUCACCACUGAUUGAUCUAUUGAAGACUAAUGGAAAACUUGUUAUAGUGGGUGCGCCUGAGAAACCACCUGAGCUGCCCCUUUUUCCUCUGCUCCUAGGAAGGAAGGCAGUGAUCGGAAGCUGCGGUGGAGGGAUCAAGGAGAUGCAGGAGAUGAUAGAUUUUGCAGCAAAACACAACAUUACAGCAGACAUUGAGGUUAUCCCCAUGGAUUACGUGAGCACUGCACUGGAGCGACUUGAAAAGGGUGAUGUUAGAUACCGAUUUGUCAUUGACAUUGGAAACACCUUGGCUGCCACCAAGCCUUAGAUCCCAUUUGGCAUUCCCUGCGUCAUCAUAUUGCAUGUUUGGAUUUUAUUUCGUUUGCUGAAACAGAAAUUUCAACAGUUAGUGAAUAAAAGCAUCAACGCUCUGUGUUUGUAAUGCAAUGUUUUACUGGGUUUUGGAUUUCAUUGUUGUUAUUGAUCAUUUUUUAUAAAAGCAUCAGUAUUCU